CGUGAACCCUCGCCGAGCUUGGGCGUAUAUGUAUUUUAGCACUUCACGCUCCCAGCGAUCCCUUCCUCCUCCAAGCGUCUUGCUCCUCCGAAGGCAUUGCCCCGUCUGUGCUUGCCCUUGCCUUUGCUUCAUAGUCCUUUCGCCUCUGCCCGGCCUUGUUCGUCUCUCUCCCCCCAUCGUCUGCAGCCGCACGUCCUGGCAGCUGUAGCGGUAGCGGCCACUCUCAAGAGCCGCACCUGGGCCUCGCUUCGCGCUCACGCGACUUCACUUUCCCCCUUUGCAAUCACGGCCAAAGCUACCCCGGCUUUUGCCCGCGCCUUUUGUCUGCGCCGCAGCCACAUCGUUGUCCCUUCAAACAACCGUGGAGAAAGCAAACAAACAAAAUAAACGCCGACUUGCAGACGAAGACACAGACAGAAACCUAGCUCGAAACAUCCUGCAAGCGUCGCAUCAUGGCCGACGAAAAGAACCACGACAUUCCUGUCAAUGAGAAGGAGUCUCACUCCGAAGCACCCUCCGCCCUCGAAGCAGGUGGCGAGUUACCUCCCCUGCGCGGAUGGAAGUACAAGCGGUUGACCAUCUUCGGCUACAAAUUCCCAUUCUACGCCUCGCCCCAGGUCCAGCUUGUUCUGGUUGCCUUUGUCUGCUUCAUGUGCCCCGGCAUGUUCAAUGCCCUGAACGGGAUGGGUGGAGGAGGAAAUGAGGACCACCGUGCCGCUGACGACGCAAACUGCGCACUGUAUUCGGCAUUCGCCGUCAUCGGUUUCUUCGCUGGCACCAUCACCAACAAGCUCGGUAUCAAGUUUGCCCUGUCGUUUGGCGGUCUCGGCUACUCCGUCUACGUGGGAUCCAUGCUGUCCUUCUCGCACAACCAGGUCUACGGUUUCACUGUCUUCGCCGGCUUCUUCCUGGGCGUGUGUGCAGGUAUCCUGUGGUGCGCCCAGGGCGCCAUCAUGAUGUCGUACCCGCCCGAGAAGUCCAAGGGCAAGUACAUCUCCUGGUUCUGGAUGAUCUUCAACCUUGGUGCCGUCAUCGGCGGCUUGAUCCCGCUCGGCCAGAACAUCCACGUCCACGAGCGCAAGACUGUCACGGACGGCACCUACAUAGGAUUCUUGGUGCUCACCCUCGUCGGCGCGGCGCUCGCCUGGCUGCUGGUUGAUGCCCACAACGUCGUGCGUGACGACGGCUCCAAGGUCAUCCUCAUGAAGAACCCGACCUGGAAGACGGAGCUGCUCGGCCUGUACGAGACCAUCAUCGACGAGCCCUUCAUCAUCCUCCUCUUCCCCAUGUUCUUCGCCUCCAACUGGUUCUACACGUAUCACUUCAACGAGAUCAACGGCACGCGCUUCAACACUCGCACGGCAGCGCUCAACAAUGUUCUGUAUUACACCAUGCAAAUUGUCGGCGCCUUCGUGUUCGGUUACGCGCUUGAUAGACCCAACAUUCGCCGCACUGUACGCGCGAAGGCCGUCUGGGUCGUGCUCUUCGUUCUCACGUUCGCCAUUUGGGGCGGUGGCUACAAAUUCGCAAAGUCGUACACACGCGAGGACGUGAAGAACGACCCUUCGCUGCUGCUCGACUGGACCAGCCACGGCUACGGUGGUCCCUUGGUCUUGUACAUGGUAUACGGCAUGUACGACGCUGCGUGGCAGACGACCGUGUACUGGUACAUGGGCGCCAUGACCAACAACGGCCGCAAACUCGCCAACUACGCCGGCUUUUACAAGGGCAUCCAGUCCGCCGGCGCGGCCAUCAACUGGCGCCUCGACUCCAAUGGAAUUCCCUACAUGAACGAGUUUGCAUCAUGCUGGGCUCUGCUGGCAGGCGGCCUGCUGUUUGCCUUACCCGUCAUCCUGUACAAGGUCAAGGAUACAGUUGAACUCGAAGAGGAUCUCAAGUUUUCUGACGAGACGGUCGUCGAUGUGGCCCCCAAUGCCGAGCGCAGUGCCAGCAUCAAAGCUUAAAUUUCACGUUUGAAAGGGUUAAAAAAGGCUGGAAACAUGACGGGGACUGGGCUGGAGCGUGUGGAGACAAAUGACUUUGCAUGCGAUACGUUAGCUUUAUUUUCCCCAUUUGCUGUAUGGACGUUUGCCCAGAUCGUUGAACGCGGAUAUAGGCCCACAAAUGAAUUGAUACCACCACCCCGCUAUGCACGGGAAGGUCUGCUCCACGGUGCUCCUUUAUGGAGCGACGAUAAUGAAAUUGAAUGUAAUUCGUCGAAUUCACGCCA